CUUGUGCUUGAUGCUGCUGAACCACUGGGUGGAGUGAGAUACGCUCGCAAAUCCAGAGUGAACUUUGGCACUGCACUCCACCUGGAAUGUGGGUCAAACUCGGAUCUAAGGGUGCAGUCAUAUGACUCCCGGGCGGCUGAAUGAGAACCGACAACGCUGCAAGUGGUCUCCUGACACAAAUUCAGCAAGUUCUGCGAUCCUGCCGGAUUCGACGCUGCUGGGGGAAAUCAGUCGCAAAGGGAGGUGGGUUUCGGGAAGAGACGUGUAGUUUAGGGAGCAGCGGGCGACUGGAGGAUGACAGUGGUUUGCCUGUUGAGGCUCCGCGGGUGCAGCUCUUCUUUACCUGUGCGUGGUGUGAGUGACCACCGCAGACACAGAUGGACAACCUGAAUAACCGGAGUCCACGGCAGGCAGCGGGAGAAGAGCCGAGCCCGCCGGGCGCUCACCAUCCAGCUGUCCGCUCUCAGAGGAGGGUAGCAGCGGUCAGCUCUCCUGCUCUGUCCGCCGCGCGCCUCACCUUACCUGGGAUCAUGGACGCUGAAGGCAGGGUGGACGAGUCAAGACUGAGGAUGCAUAUAUUCAAAAACGGUGGUGUGUCUCCCUCUGAGCGUGGUCUGGUGUGGCGAUUCCUGUUUGGGAUGUACCCGUGCAGCUCCACAGCUUUGGAGCGCCAUCUGCUGCAGGAGCAGUUGGUCGUACGAUACGGGGUCAUGAAGAGAAAGUGGCAGCAGUUCCUUCCUUCUGGCGUGCGGAUGCACCUCAACGGCACUGAUGCUGAGAUGGUGAAAGCAGUCACGUACUUUGACCAGAGGCAGGCACAGGCCCAGCAACAGUCCCAGGACCAGUCUGAGGAGGUCAGGGACAGACUGGCUUUCUUGGAGCUUCAGUCACAGAUAUUAUUUGAACGGGCCACAUUUGACCAUGAGGAGCUCCGGGAAGCCAUACGAAUCAUUGACAAGGAUGUACCAAGAACUAACAGAGACCUGAGCUAUUACCAGGGUGAAGGUUCAGGUAAUCUGUUGGUGUUGAGAGAUAUCCUCAUCACUUAUGCUGCUUUUCAUCCAGAGGUCAGUUAUGCCCAGGGAAUGAACGACCUGUGCAGCCGCUUCCUGGAGGUUCUUGACUCUGAGGUUGACACUUACUGGAGUUUCUCCUGCUACAUGGAGAAAUUCUCCAAGGACUUCAGGGCUGAUGGUCUGCACAGAAAAAUAGAGUUGGAGGCAGCCCUGCUAAAGGAACUGGACCCACAGCUCCAUGCUCACUUAGUCACAGACAGCAUGGAGAGCUUCACCUUCUGCCACAGGUGGCUGCUGCUGGGUUUCCAGAGGGAGUUUGAACACAGUGAUGCUCUACGGUUAUUCGAGAUCCUGAGUUGUGACCACCUGGAGCUUAUCUCCCAACAAGUAGACCGAGCCAGGUAUCAGGAAAGGCUGGCACGAAAAUACAGCACAGAGAACAAUUCCGAGUCAGAGCUGCAGGCCAUCAAUUCUGACUUCACCUUUGAGCUCUUCAUCUGUGCAGCCAUUCUGUUGGAGAACAGAGAGUCUCUGCUGCAGUGUCGAGAUGAUGUACAGCUCAUCCAUUUUACUAGCAGCCUUCAGGGAACACUGGACCUAAAUAGCACUCUGAAGAAAGCAGAGCACCAUUUCUACAACUACUGCAAACGCUGUGCUUGGGACUAUAUGAAUGGGCGCUGUAGUGCAAACAAGAGCAAAGAAGAGGACUUUCUUUAUCAUCUCCGUAGUUUAUUUGUUUUAAAGUGAUAGCUACUAUUUAAAUACCGGAUGUUAAGGACUCUUAUGAAACUGUAAUUUGUAACAAGGGACAUACAGUGUAAUCCCUAUUUGGAGUUUUGAUGGCACAUAUUCGUCUUAGGUUUUAUUUCUGAGGGAAACAUACUGAUGUUCUGAUGGCUGCAUACCUUAAAUUUGAUUUGUUCUUGCUGUUUAUUAUAAAUGUACAGUAUUUAUUGUAUGAAAAUUGAUCAACACUGACUGUGAGUCAUUUUGGUUGUUCUCCUGAAUUGCCAUAAAUGAAAAGCUUAAGCUUGAGAUCUUAUUACCUCUGAAUCAAAGCUUUAAAAGAUUUGUUCCUACGGGUUAUGCAAUAUUCAACUGCUAGAAGAAAACAACUACUUGAUCAGCAUGUGUGAAUACUAUGAUCAGGUGUGUCGCAACAGGUGGUGUCCAUAACGGACUGCAGUUAUAUUUAAUGCCAGAUGGCCUAUGUGUCAGAGAGGCUUAUGUAACAAGAAUAGACAUCCAGCUUUUGAGCUCUGGCAGGGCGACUGUGCAGUAAGGGGAAGGACAACUUACUGCAAAACUUUGUCUUAAAUAGAGAAUGAAACACAAACACAAUAUAAAUAACCUGAAAAAACUCAAUAAAACUACAUAAGAUUAUUUAUUAUGUGGUG